CACGUGAGAGCCAUUAUUUUGGACAAUCUCCACGUGCCAGAAAUUAUUUGGCAGCCUCGCCUUCUCACUGUCCUUAAAAGCCUAACAGAAUCACAUCCAUUUCUUAUUUUCUGUUGGCAGAAGAGGAAUCAAAAUGGAAUCUCAUGUCGUUAGUAACGCACAAAAACCACACGUUGUUUGUGUGCCUUACCCGGCUCAAGGCCACAUCAACCCGAUGCUGAAAGUGGCUAAACUCCUCCACGCUAAAGGCUUCCAUGUAACCUUCGUCAACACCAUUUACAACCAUAACCGUCUCCUCCGGUCCCGUGGUCCCAACGCUCUUGACGGGCUUCCUUCUUUCAGGUUCGAGUCCAUCCCUGACGGUCUACCGGAGAUUGACGUGGAUGUCACGCAGGACAUCCCUGCCCUUUGCGAGUCCACCAUGAAGAACGGUCUAGCUCCCUUUAAGGAGUUGCUCGGGCGGAUCAACGCCGGAGAUGAUGUUCCUCCGGUGAGUUGUAUUGUAUCGGACGGUUGUAUGAGCUUUACUCUUGACGCCGCGGAGGAGCUCGGUGUCCCGGAGGUUCUCUUCUGGACCACUAGUGCUUGUGGCUUCUUGACUUAUCUACACUUCUAUCGCUUCAUCGAAAAGGAUUUAUCUCCACUCAAAGCAGAUGAGAGUUACUUGACAAAAGAGCACUUAGACACAAAGAUAGAUUGGAUUCCAUCGAUGAAGAACCUAAGACUAAAAGACAUCCCUAGCUUCAUCCGUACGACCAAUCCUAAGGACAUAAUGCUCAACUUCAUUGUACGUGAGACCGACCGAGCCAAACGUGCUUCUGCUAUCAUUCUCAACACGUUCGAUGAUCUUGAGCAUGACGUCAUCCAAUCCAUGCAAUCUAUUUUACCUCCGGUUUACUCUAUUGGACCGCUCCAUCUGCUAGCCAAACAAGAGAUCGUUGAAGAUAGUGAAAUCGGACGCCUGGGAUCGAACUUGUGGAAAGAAGAGACGGCAUGUAUGGAUUGGCUCAAUACCAAAACUCCAAACAGCGUUGUUUACGUUAACUUCGGGAGCAUAAUUGUUAUGACUGCCAAACAACUUGAAGAGUUUGCUUGGGGUUUGGCAGCGACGGGGAAAGAGUUUUUGUGGGUGAUAAGGCCGGAUUUAGUAGCCGGAGAUGUGGCAAAGGUUUCGCCUGAGUUUCUAACGGAGACAGUGGAUCGGAGGAUGCUGGCUAGUUGGUGUCCUCAGGAGAAAGUUCUUUCUCAUCCGGCGAUUGGAGGGUUCUUGACACACAAUGGAUGGAACUCGACGUUGGAAAGUCUCUGUGGCGGAGUUCCAAUGGUGUGUUGGCCGUUUUUUGCAGAACAGCAAACGAAUUGUAAGUUUUGCUGUGACGAGUGGGAGGUUGGGAUUGAGAUCGGUGGAGAUGUGAAUAGAGAGGAGGUUGAGGCGGUGGUUAGAGAGUUGAUGGAUGGAGAGAAGGGAAAGAAAAUGAGAGAGAAGGCGGAGGAGUGGCGGCGCUUGGCCGAGAAAGCGACGGAGCAUGAAUUUGGUUCCUCGGUUGUGAACUUUGAAAAGGUUGUGAGCAAGAUUCUUUUAGGAGAGUAGAGACUACAUGGAGUCUAAAAACUAUUUUGAAUAUAAGAUGUUUAUCAAAUUAUUAUUAUUAUUUUUUCCAAUGGUUUGUGAAUCCCGUGAUGAAUAUCCUAAGUUACGAAAAUAAAACGACAAAUAAAUGGUAAA